CUGACUCAGUCAUUGGACUCAGUGUGUGUUUGUAGCUGUGUAAGUAAACUUGUUACCCAGAGAAUCAUAGGUGUGACGUGGUGUGGUGAUGGAUCCAUGAGUUGUGUGUUUAUGACUUGACAUAAAUGCGUACUGGAUUUUUGCUUAGGUUCGGAAAGUGAUUUUUGCCGCUGAAAAAUUUGACGGUUAAUGCAUAUUUUGGUAUCAAGUUUAGCACGUAAGGGAACAAUUGAGUAAUAUGCGCUAACUUGAAAUGGUAAUUUUAACAUGUUUGUAAAUUCCCGUUUGACAGACACGUGACAUUUCAUGAUCAAUUGAAAAUUGACUUCAAAUUUCGUAGUCUCGUCACAGAGCCGUGCCGAAUGAUGAGCCAUACAGCGACUUGUGGAGCCCUAUGAAAACAUACGUAACUGGCGCCUGGCCGGCAUCAUAAGCGGAUCCAGUUUUAUGCGAAGGAGGAAGAGAGGAACACCUUCAUUAAGGACCUACAGGAAUGCUUCGCAAGAACAAUACAUCAUCAUAGCCGGAUGAGAUUUUAAGUAAUGCCGCCUAUGCUCCAUGAAGAGGAUACUUAACAAUCGGAAGAUGUGAGAGUGUGAUGUCUACAGCUGCCCCUCGAUCCUGUCUAAAGCCCCCUAUCAGGAACCCAUGGGUGGCUGACGAUGGGGGCGAGAGCAGCACAUCCUCGGGACAGCAGCAGCAACAGCAAUCGCAACAGCAGCAUCAUUCGGCGCCCCUGGAUGUGGGGAGCGAAGCGGGGACGGUGGUCCACGCCCACCUUUCCCACGACCUUCUCGCCCACCAGUAUGCGACCCCUUAUCACUCGUCUACCUCAGGUGCUCCUUCCCUCACGGUUGUGAGUGGGGCACGCUCUACCCACAGUGUGGGGCAGCACGCCCCCCAUGGGGUCGUUCACUCCCACACCGCCCACUCCCUCCACAGUGCCACCCAUUCCAUACCCACCGCCGCCCACUCGGUGCAUUCGGUGCCUGGCACCUUACAGCAGCCGUGGGUCGACCCCCAGUUGCUUUGGAGCACGCCCGCCUUACCAAGUGUAGGCGUGGGUGGCGGUGUCUUCACUGUGGGCGGAGGUGGAGGGGGCCCGGCUGAUGGGUCCUGCCCCUCCCUUCCACCUGGGGUUUACCCACAGACGCAUCCAGUGCUGCACUCCCUUCACUCCUUGCACUUAGGAGGUGGCUCUAGUGGGCAGGCAUCUUCCGCCGGAGGACCUGGAGUGGGCCAGGUAGGAGGGGGUUGGGGCCCCACAGGCCCUUUACCUGGCUCUUACCCCCAAGUUCAUGGUUCAGCUGCCACUGGUGGGGGACGUAACAUUGUCUCUGCAUCAGAGAACUGGUCAAGGUGUGAAAGGUGUCAUUAUUACUGCUUCCGUGCUGCUCAGGCUGCCUUUGUAGCAGGAAUAGUAACAGGUUUCUCCCUGUUGGUGGCUGGUGGAGUUUUUCAUAGGAAGCACAUCGACCAUUUACAGGUUUUGGUGUAUAUUGGUGCAAUGGUGUCUUUAGUAUGUGUUGUUCUAUUGGUAAUUUUCUGUGCUAUGAAUAAGGACCACAGGACUAGACGAGGAACCUCAGGUCGAUUUUCAGGACCUCAGGUGGUGGGUGGGGACCCUGAAACUGUUCCUUUAAGACCUUUAGAGUCAAAUAAUCCACCUGUAAUUAUAGCUGAAAAUGUUGCAUCUCAUGGAAGUCGUGUAGAGGCUGGAGUUAUGCCAAUCAAUGAACUUGUACAUAAAACUAAUCACAGCUCUUGCAUUGCUCCACCAAACCAGAGCUCUUGCAUGGCUGUUUCCCCUCCAACAAGUCAUGGUGUUUGUUGUGUUCCCCCUUCCAGUCAAGGUGGAUGUGUUAUUGGCCCAAAUAAUCAGACUUUGUGUUUCAUGGGGCCUAAUACUCAUAAUGCUGGAAGUGUUAUAGGAACAUCUAAUAAGGGACUGGGCUCUGUUGCUACAUCUGAACCUUCACAUCAUGUUACCAGACAUACAGCACAAAGAAUAGAUGAGGAGAGGGAAGCCACUCAACGCUAUAACCGUCUCUGGAAGCAACCAACCAAAGCACCUUCUGAAGCUACCUCCAAACUUUGAAACAGCCAAAAUCUUGAAAAACAUGGUAAAAUGAUGCAAGCAGUUGAAAGCAAUUAUUUUAGAAGUCAAUUUCUAAAAUUAGUUAAGGAAGGAUGAAACCCAUUUCAUCUAUGGACAGUAAACUAGUCGAUAAAGGCCAUAUGUAUCAAUUUGUAUGUUUACUACGUUUACUUGUGUACACCAAAUAUCAACUUAUGUAUAUGGAUAUGGAAAUUUUUACAAGUAAUUGGUUUGCAAGUGUCAUGUUCCAUAAGUGACUGAAUUACAGUGUUUUUGUCAUAUGUUACAGCAUUAUUUUAUAGCAUAUAAUUGAAGGUAUAUAGUGUCUUCUGUAAUUCAUUACUAUUGAUUUCAAGGGAAUAUUUCUCUAUCAGUUAAAUAACUUAUUACAUAAUGUAGUGCGUGCUACUGUCAAAACAGAAACACAUUUUAUAUAGAAUUGUUUAUAAAACUUUUCACUUUUUAUAUAAUUUUAAAACCUGUACUGUAUUUAUUUUAAAACUGAAAAAUGAGUUUGAAAGAUUUUCAUUUUUGCAAAAGGUAAAACUGUUUCACUUUAAAAAUGACAGAAUUAGGAAAUUUUUAAUGUAUUUUAACAAUAAGCAAUGCAAUGCUAUGUUGUGUGCUGUUCAACAUUGUAUACAAUUUGGUGUGUUUGAGCUGAAAUUCUAAAAAAUUGUGUUUUAUUUUAUGCCAUUACUCAGGUGCUUCAUCGUUUGAUUUUCAUACCCCUUCUAACACAGCAAUCAGCUAAUACAAGUAAUUUUUGUUCUUUAGAUAAACUUAAAUACUAUAAAUUUCUGUUGUAACUUAAAUACUCUAAAUUUCUGUUGUCCAUUGACUAUAUUAAUUUUCUUGGUUUCUUGUAACUCAGUUGCCUUUUUAAUAUGCACAGAACUUAAUUUGAUUUCCCCUUGUUCAAUCUGAACUAAUUAUGAAUGCCCUUGACAUUAUUUAGGUUCACUACCUGUCACAGAAUGUGCUCUCUCAAGAAAAUUAGAUGGACAAAAUUGAAUCUUUAAAAUAUACAAUAUUUAUAUCAAUUCUAAUUGUGAAUGUCCAAAAAAAUUCUCUUCAUUAUAAGCAUUUUAUUUUUGUUUCUUAUUUUUUCAGAUUUAAUGAUUUACUGCAACUCUAUUUUUAUUACUCAAAACAUGAGCUUAGUGAAUGAAGGAUAGAUGGCUUUUCUUACA